AUGCAGGAGCUGAUAGCUGGUUUACAAAAGAUGAGAUUUGAUUUUGAGAUUGUCCUGGAGCAGCAGAGCGGAAUUCCGGAUGUGCCAUUUUCUGGCAUGGACAAAUCUGGUUCUGCAGUCUGUGAGUAUUUUGUUAAAGGUGAAUGUGUAAAAGAUAAUUUGUGCCCAUUACGCCACAGCAAUGGUGCGAAGUCUGUCGUGUGCAAACACUGGCUCCGAGGUCUGUGCAAAAUGGGGGAUCAGUGUGAGUUUUUGCACGAAUAUGACAUGACAAAAAUGCCACGCUGCUUCUUCUAUUCAAAAUACGGGGAAUGCAGUAAAAGAGAGUGCCCUUUCCUGCACAUUGAUUCAGAGGUGAAAAUUCACGACUGCCCAUGGUAUGGCCAAGGAUUCUGUAAAAAUGGCCCUCUGUGCAAGAAUAAACACACCAAGAAGGUCAUGUGUGUGAAUUACCUUGUCGGCUUCUGCUCUGAAGGAACAGGAUGCAAUUUUUCACAGUAG